AUGUCACCCCCCUUUUUUUUCUCUUUCUUUUUAGAAUUCAAACCAACCUUCUGGAAAUCAUCAUCGACUUCCCGAAACUUCAUUGGGUCGACAGGGGGAAACGUUUCCCUGAUUUGUCGACCAGAGGGAGCACCGUACCCGGAGAUAUCGUGGUCAAAGGAUAAUCAAGAACUUCGACUGAGCAAAGGAGGCGACGGAAUGGGCAAGUUUCAAAUGCUGGGCAACGGAAAUCUCUUUAUUCAGGCCUUAUCACAAAACGACGCCGGGAACUAUAGAUGCACCGCCAAAAACUCAGAAGGUACCGCCAGCAUAUCUAUUGGAUUAAAAGUAAUGUCCCAACUACUGAUCACCCACAAGCCAGUCAAUACGGACGUGACUGUAAACGAGACGGCGUUUCUCUCCUGUCGAGCCUUCUUCAUCAUCUUCUUUUUCUUCUUCUUUUUCUUUUUCUUCUGCAUUUUCUUCAUAUUUUUCUUCUUGUUCUUUUUUCUUCUUUUUAAAAAUUUCUUUUACUUUUCUUUUUCUUCUUUCUCUUCUUUCUUUUUCUUUUCUUUUGUAUUUUUUUCCAUUUAUUUCUUCUUUUUUCUUUUUACUUUUCUUUUUUUUUUUUCUUUUGUCUUUUCUUCUUAUUUUCUUUUUCUUUUUUCUUUUUUUUUUUUUUUGUUUUUUCUUCUUUUUACUUUUCUUUCUUUUUUUUCUUUUUUUUUUUCUUUUUUUUUUUUUUUCUUUUCUUCUGUAUUUUUCUCCAUAUAUUUCUUGUUUCUUUUUCUUUUUUUUACUUUUCGUCUUUCUUUUUACUUUUCUUUUUCUUCUUUCUCUUCUUUCUUUUUUUUUUUCUUCUGUAUUUUUCUCCAUAUAUUUCUUGUUCUUUUUUCUUCUUUUUUACUUUUCGUCUUUCUUUUUACUUUUCUUUUUUUUCUUCUUUCUUCUUUCUUUUUUUUUUUCUUCUGUAUUUUUCUCCAUAUAUUUCUUGUUCUUUUUCUUCUUUUUACUUUUCGUCUUUCUUUUUACUUUUCUUUUUUUCUUCUUUCUCUUCUUUCUUUUUUCUUUUUUUCUUCUGUAUUUUUUCUCCAUAUAUUUCUUGUUCUUUUUUCUUCUUUUUUACUUUUCGUCUUUCUUUUAUUUUCUUUUUUUCUUUCUUCUUUCUUUUUUUUUUUCUUUGUUUUUUCUCCAUAUAUUUCUUGUUCUUUUUUUCUUUUUUUUUUUUUUUUUUUUUUUUUUUUUUCUUUUCUUCUUUUUUUUCUUUUUUUUUUUUUCUUUCUUUUUUUUCUUUUUUCUUUUUUACUUUUUUCGUUCUUUUUCUUUUUUACUUUUCGUCUUUGUCUUCUUUUUUUUCUUUCUUUUUUUUUUUUUUCUUCUGUAUUUUUCUCCAUAUAUUUCUUGUUCUUUUUUCUUCUUUUUACUUUUCGUCUUUCUUUUACUUUUCUUUUUUCUUCUUUCUCUUCUUUUUUUUUUUUUUCUUCUGUAUUUUUUCUCCAUAUAUUUCUUGUUCUUUUUUCUUCUUUUUUACUUUUCGUCUUUCUUUUACUUUUCUUUUGUCUUCUUUUCUCUUCUUUCUUUUUUUUUCUUUUUUUUUCUGUAUUUUUCUUCUUUUUUUCUUCUUCUUUUUUCUUUUUCUUUUUCUUUUCUUUCUUUUGUUUUCUUUUUCUUUUUUUUUUUUUUUUCUUCUGUAUUUUUUUCUCCAUAUAUUUCUUGUUCUUUUUUUCUUUUCUUUCUUUUUUUUUUUUUUUUUCUUCUUUCUCUUCUUUCUUUUUUUUUUUCUUCUGUAUUUUUUCUCCAUAUAUUUUUGUUCUUUCUUUUUUCUUUUUCUUUUUGUCUUUUUUUUACUUUUCUUUUUCUUUUUUUUCUUUUUUUUUUUUUUUUUCUUUUUCUCCAUAUAUUUCUUGUUCUUUUUUCUUCUUUUUUAUUUUUCGUCUUUCUUUUUUCUUUUCUUUUGUCUUCUUUCUCUUCUUUCUUUUUUUUUUUUUUUUCUGUAUUUUCUCCAUAUAUUUCUUGUUCUUUUUUUCUUCUUUUUUUUUUCGUCUUUCUUUUUUUCUUUUCUUUUUUCUUCCUUCUCUUUUUUUUUUUUUUUCUUCUGUAUUUUUCUCCAUAUAUUUCUUGUUCUUUUUUCUUCUUUUUUUACUUUUCGUCUUUCUUUUUACUUUUCUUUUCUUCUUUCUCUUUCUUUUUUCUUUUUCUUCUGUAUUUUUUUCCAUAUUUUCUUGUUCUUUUUUUCUUUUUUUUACUUUUUCGUCUUUCUUUUUACUUUUCUUUUUCUUCUUUCUCUUCUUUCUUUUUUUUUUUUUUUCUUCUGUAUUUUUUUCCAUAUAUUUCUUGUUCUUUUUCUUCUUUUUACUUUUUUGUCUUUCUUUUACUUUUCUUUUUUUCUCUUCUUUCUCUUCUUUUUUUUUUUUUUUUUUUCUUUUUUUCUCCAUAUAUUUCUUGUUCUUUUUCUUCUUUUUACUUUCGUCUUUCUUUUACUUUUCUUUUUGUCUUCUUUCUCUUCUUUUCUUUUUUUCUUUUCUUCUGUAUUUUUCUCCAUAUAUUUCUUGUUCUUUUUCUUCUUUUUUACUUUUCGUCUUUCUUUUACUUUUCUUUUUCUUCUUUCUUUUUCUUUUUCUUUUUUUUUCUUCUGUAUUUUUUCUCCAUAUAUUUCUUGUUCUUUUCUUGUUUUUACUUUUCGUCUUUCUUUUACUUUUCUUUUUUCUUCUUUUCUUUUCUUUUUUUUUUUUUUUUCUUAUUUUUCUCCAUAUAUUUCUUGUUCUUUUUUUUCUUUUUCUUUUUCUUCUUUUUUUUACUUUUCUUCAUUUUUCUUUUUUCUUUUUCUUCUUUUCUUUUUUCUUUUUUUUGUUUUUUUCUCUUUUUCUUUCUUUUUCUUUUUUUUUUCCAUUUUUCUUUUCUUUUUCUUUUUACUUUUCUUUUUUUCUUCUUUUGUCUUUUUCUUUUUUCUUUUUCUUUUUUCUUUUCUCUAUAUUUUUGUUCUUUUUUUCUUCUCUUUUUUUGGUCUUUCUUUUUUUUCUUUUUGUCUUCUUCCUCUUCUUUUUUUUCUUUUUCUUCUGUAUUUUUCUCCAUUAUUUUUCUUUUUUUUUUUUCUUUACUUUUUCGUCUUUUUUUUACUUUUCUUUUUUUCUUCUUUCUCUUCUUUCUUUUUCUUUUUUCUUCUGUUUUUUCUCCAUAUAUUUCUUUUCUUUUUCUUCUUUUUUACUUUUCGUCUUUCUUUUUUGUUUUCUUUUUUCUUCUUUCUCUUCUUUCUUUUUUUCUUUUUCUUCUGUAUUUUUCUCCAUAUAUUUCUUGUUCUUUUUUUCUUUUUACUUUUCGUCUUUUUUUUUUUCUUUUUUUCUUCUUUCUCUUCUUUCUUUUUUUUUUUUUUCUGUAUUUUUCUCCAUAUUUUUCUUUUUCUUUUCUUCUUUUUCUUCGUUAUUCUUUUACUUUUUUUUUCUUCUUUCUCUUCUUUUUUUUUUUUUCUUCUGUAUUUUUCUCCAUAUAUUUCUUGUUCUUUUUUUUCUUUUUACUUUUCGUCUUUCUUUUUCUUUUUUUUUCUUUUUCUUUUUUUUUUUUUCUUCUGUAUUUUUUCUCCAUAUAUUUCUUUUCUUUUUCUUCUUUUUACUUUUCGUCUUUCUUUUACUUUUCUUUUUGUCUUCUUUCUCUUCUUUUUUUUUUUUUUUUUCUGUAUUUUUUCUCCAUAUAUUUCUUUUUCUUUUUUUUCUUUUUUUUUCGUCUUUCUUUUUUUCUUUUUUUUUUUUUCUUUCUUUCUUUUUUUUUUUUUUCUUCUGUAUUUUUCUCCAUAUAUUUCUUGUUCUUUUUUUUCUUUUUUUUUCUCUUUUUUCGUCUUUCUUUUACUUUUCUUUUUCUCUUCUUUCUUCUUCUUUCUUUUUUUCUUUUUUCUCUGUAUUUUUCUCCAUAUAUUUCUUGUUCUUUUUUCUUCUUUUUACUUUUCGUCUUUCUUUUACUUUUCUUUUUCUUCUUUCUCUUCUUUCUUUUUUCUUUUUUCUUCUGUAUUUUUCUCCAUAUAUUUCUUGUUCUUUUUUCUUCUUUUUACUUUUCGUCUUUUCUUUUUUAAUUUUCUUUUUUUUUUUAAUUUUCUUUCUUUCUCUUCUUUUUUUUUCUUUUUCUUCUGUAUUUUUUCUCCAUAUAUUUCUUGUUCUUUUCUUCUUUUUACUUUUCGUCUUUUUUUUCUUUUACUUUUCUUUUGUCUUCUUUCUCUUCUUUCUUUUUUUCUUUUUCUUCUGUAUUUUUCUCCAUAUAUUUCUUGUUCUUUUUCUUCUUUUUACUUUUCGUCUUUCUUUUACUUUUCUUUUUCUUCUUUCUCUUCUUUCUUUUUUUCUUUUUUCUUCUGUAUUUUUCUCCAUAUAUUUCUUGUUCUUUUUUCUUCUUUUUACUUUUCGUCUUUCUUUUACUUUUCUUUUGUCUUCUUUCUCUUCUUUCUUUUUCUGUAUUUUCUCCAUAUUUUCUUGUUCUUUUUCUUCUUUUUACUUUUCGUCUUUCUUUUACUUUUCUUUUCUUCUUUUCUUCUUUCUUUUUUUCUUUUUCUUCUGUAUUUUUCUCCAUAUAUUUCUUGUUCUUUUUUCUUCUUUUUACUUUUCGUCUUUCUUUUACUUUUCUUUUGUCUUCUUUCUCUUCUUUCUUUUUUUUUUUUCUUCUGUAUUUUUCUCCAUAUAUUUCUUGUUCUUUUUUCUUCUUUUUACUUUUUGUCUUUCUUUUACUUUUCUUUUGUCUUCUUUCUUUUCCUUCUUUUUUUCUUUUUCUUCUGUAUUUUUCUCCAUAUAUUUCUUGUUCUUUUUUCUUCUUUUUACUUUUCGUCUUUCUUUUACUUUUCUUUUUUCUUCUUUCUCUUCUUUCUUUUUUUCUUUUUCUUCUGUAUUUUUCUCCAUAUAUUUCUUGUUCUUUUUUCUUCUUUUUACUUUUCGUCUUUCUUUUACUUUUCUUUUGUCUUCUUUCUCUUCUUUCUUUUUUUCUUUUUCUUCUGUAUUUUUCUCCAUAUAUUUCUUGUUCUUUUUCUUCUUUUUACUUUUUGUCUUUCUUUUACUUUUCUUUUGUCUUCUUUCUCUUCUUUCUUUUUUUUUUCUUCUGUAUUUUUCUCCAUAUAUUUCUUGUUCUUUUUUCUUCUUUUUACUUUCGUCUUUCUUUUCUUUUUUUCUUUUGUCUUCUUUCUCUUCUUUCUUUUUUUCUUUUUCUUCUGUAUUUUUCUCCAUAUAUUUCUUGUUCUUUUUUCUUCUUUUUACUUUUCGUCUUUCUUUUACUUUUCUUUUGUCUUCUUUCUCUUCUUUCUUUUUUUUUUUUUUUUCUCUUCUUUUUCUCCAUAUAUUUCUUGUUCUUUUUUUUUUCUUUUUUACUUUUUUCUUUUUUUUUCUUUUUCUUUUUCUCUUCUUUCUUUUUUCUUUUUCUUUUCUUCUGUAUUUUUUCUCCAUAUAUUUCUUGUUCUUUUUUCUUCUUUUUUACUUUUCGUCUUUCUUUUUACUUUUCUUUUCUUCUUUCUCUUCUUUCUUUUUUCUUUUCUUCUGUAUUUUUCUCCAUAUAUUUCUUGUUCUUUUUCUUCUUUUUUACUUUUCGUCUUUCUUUUACUUUUUUUUUUCUUUCUUUCUUUCUUUUUUCUUUUUCUUUUAUUUUUUCCAUUCUUUCUUAUUUUUUCUUCCAUAUUUUUUCUUUUUCUUUUUUUUUCUUUUCUUCUUUUUCGUCUUUCUUUUUAUUUUUCUUUUUUCUUUCUCUUUUUUCUUUUUUUUUUUUUGUUCUGUAUUUUUCUUCUUUAUAUUUCUUUUUUCUUCUUUUUUUUCUUUUUUUCUUUUCGUCUUUCUUUUACUUUUCUUUUUUUUACUUCUUUUUCUUCUUCUUUCUUUCUUUUUUUUUUUCUUCUGUAUUUUUCUCCAUAUAUUUCUUGUUCUUUUUUUCUUCUUUUUUACUUUUCGUCUUUCUUUUACUUUUCUUUUUCUUCUUUCUCUUCUUUCUUUUUUUUUUUUUUCUUUAUUUUUCUCCAUAUAUUUCUUGUUCUUUUUUCUUCUUUUACUUUUCGUCUUUCUUUUUACUUUUCUUUUCUUCUUUUCUCUUCUUUCUUUUUUUUUUUUCUUCUGUAUUUUUUUCUCCAUAUAUUUCUUGUUCUUUUUUCUUCUUUUUACUUUUCGUCUUUCUUUUUUUACUUUUCUUUUUCUUCUUUCUCUUCUUUCUUUUUUCUUUUUCUUCUGUAUUUUUCUCCAUAUAUUUUUGUUCUUUUUCUUCUUUUUUUAA